AUGCGAGUGAGUGUCCAACAGGCCGAAGACCUAGCCAACCAGGCCCUCCAAAAGCUAGGGUACAGUUCGGAAGACACAGCUCUUAUAUCUCACCAUCUCAUCGACAGUGAGCUCCGUGGCUAUGGCAUUGCAGGACUUGCACGAAUUCUCAGCAUUGCGGAUAAGCUGGGAGGAAGACAGCCACCAUCUCAUAUCGAAGUAACCAGGGAGUCACCAACUUCGGCACAACUGAAUGGUCAUGACACUCUCGGAUAUCUGGUGGCUCACAAAGCAACAAAAAUUGCAAUUGAGAAAGCCAAAGCUUCCGGAGUAUCAGCUGUAGGAGCCAAUGGCACCUACUACACCGGCAUGCUCUCAUAUUACGCGGAAAUGGCAGCGGCGGAAGACCUCGUUACCAUCAUCGCUUCGAAUUGUACUCCGUGGGUAGCACCAGAAGGUACAUACAAACCUCUUGUGGGUACGAAUCCGUUCUGCAUAGGUGUGCCGACCGAAGGCGUUCCCAUCAUUUACGACAUUGGCACAUCGAGGAUCAUCCAUGCGCAAGUUAUGUUGGCCAGGCGGAAGGGCGAACAGCUUCCCCCGGAUACGGCCUAUGAUGAGCAUGGGGAGAUGACCACGGAUCCCGAGAAGGCGUUGAAGGGUGCUCUGACAGUUUGGGGAGGGGCAAGAGGCAGUGGCCUGGCUGUUGCCGUCCAACUUCUGGGGAUACUCGCUGGCUCUCCCGCGUUGCCUCCUAACCUGGAAGAUUUUGGAUAUUUUAUCAUGGUCAUUGACCCUGCCAAAUUCAGACCGAUGGGCGAUUUCAAAAGAGAGGUUGGAAAUCUGGUAGAGGCUUUCCACUCAGCUCCGUCCAUGUCAGGGAAUGCUCUGAGAAUGCCUUUCGAGCGUUCAAAUCGGAGACGAGCAGAGAUCAAGGCAGGUGGGGUUCUGGAAGUCGACGAUGUGGUGGUUAAUAGACUGGAAAAACUUAUCAAGGGUACCUAA